AAAUGGAAACUGAAAUAUUAUAGAGCUAAGUGUGUCUAACGAAGUCGUGGGUGUGAUACUGCAUAGUCCUUCACCUCGCUUCCUGCCCUCCACCAUACACCACAGCCAUGCCUAGGGGAAGAGGAAGAUGCAAGGGUGGCAAGCGCCACUUCACCAACUUUGAGGCAAUGGAAGAACAGAAGAAGAAAGAAGAGAAGGAGCGCCAAUGGAGGAAAGAGCAAGGGGAGACCGAUAGUGAGGAAGAUGAAGAAAAAUCUGGCAGUGAAUCUUCAGAAGAAAGUAGUGAGGAGGAGGAGGAGACAAAGGAACAAAAGGCGAAGGGUGUCGGUGGUUUAAUAGAAUGUGAGAACCCAAAUCGUGUGGUCAGUAAACCGAAGAAGGUGUCAACCCUCACUAGUACUACUAGUACUACUACUACUACUGACUCUGCUGCUGCCUCGAAGCCACAGUUAUCUCGACGAGAACGGGAAGAGAUACAGAAACAAAGAGCAACUGCCCAUUAUAGAAAGAUGCACUCGGAGGGCAAGACAGAUGAGGCUCGAGCUGAUCUGGCUCGCUUGGCAAUCAUCCGUCAGCAGCGAGAGGAAGCAGCAAAGAAGCGAGAGGAGGAAAAGCAAGCCCGAGAAGCUGCAGCAUCAGCCAAGAAAGAGCAAUUGGCCAAGGCCCUCAAUAAGAAGAAGAGCUGAUCACAUAUGUAUCGUAGAUACAAGUGAAUUGCGUGAACACAGCAGCUGCAAUAUUCAGGGCAGUUGGUUUUAGGUCAGAGUUGAGAAAAGAACUUGUCAGGGAUAACUGUUAUAUGAACACUUAAAAGAACACCAAAUUGUUCAGUUAUGCAGCAGUUGUUUAUGACAAUGGAAUGAUGUCACAUAAUUGGCUUGUAAAUUAAAGAGAAUGCAUCUUGAGCUGCUCUGACAAACUCUGCCUAGAACCAACGGGCUUCACAAAUUUAAAACAAUUAUCAAAAUAUUGCAAUAUAAAAUACAUCUCUUUGAAGUUUAUAAAAAAAGAAAAUCCAUUCACCCUGAAUGCAUAAAGCAUAUUUUUAAAUUGGCUUUGUUCUUUCAGCUUUUCUUUUGUAAUUCUUAAUGUUUACUCUUGAAAUGCGACGGCAAAUGGCAUAAGGUUUGAGAUUAAUGUAUUUAGUGAUUCACAUGGCUGAAGUACAAGUUUAUUUAUAGUAAGACCAUUACUGUAUUCAUUUAAUAGUUUAUAUCUUACUUUACAAAUGACUAAAUUGUCUGUAUCUUUACUAUUAUUGUGCUUCAUUCAAUCGUUUUUUUUUUUUUUUUUUUUUUUUUUUCUUACCAAAAUACAAGAACUUACCAGCUAAUACUUUAUUCUGCACUUCUAGACUAUUUAAGAGUUGCAUCACUGCCUAUUUUAGGUCUUCAUUUGAUGGAAAUGGGAUUGCCAUGGAUCAGAAAUAUUUUAAUUCCUAAAAUUUUAUCAUAAUUCUGCAUUUUCUGAUUAUUUUUUUAUUGCCAAUUUGAAAAGGUUUGUUAUCAUUUGAGUGAGAGUGGGAAAUCAUUUAUCAUAUAUAUCCAUCUCUCCUCAUGUAAUCAGGACAAAGCUUUGUAUCAUUGAUGUUAUUCUGUCAUGAAUUAUAGUACAUUCAGUUCACAACAUUGACAAACACUUCAAAUUAUACUGUUAAUAGUGUUUGUAAAAUUUUUGCACAUUUUUUUUUUUUUCUGCAUUUUUUAUUUUUGUUUCAAUAAAAUGUCUUGUACCAAAUUCAA